ACAAAGAUAAUAGGUGACAAAGCAGCUGCGCGCUUACUCGCCCAUUGGCCAUAUAUUUGUAUGAAUUUAUGGCACGAAGCAUUCAAGCAUGGGCGAAGAGAGCACUCAUUUUUGGAUGAUUUGUAUUUAAUUUCCAUGCGAGAAGGCUUAUAAAUUUCUGAGCCAUCAUGUUAUUAGGCGUUAAAAAUCGUGUGAGAUUUCCGUAUGCCGUUAAUUAAGUCAUCUUUGGGAUGUUUUUUAGACGUAACUGCAAGCUCUACACUUCUACCCAAAAGAGAAAGGGAUGGAUCUUUUUGAUGCCAGAAUGUCAUUCGCAAAGAAGGGAAAGGUAUUCCUUUGUAUAGUUGCUCUCGGGAUUAUCAGCAUCUUGUUUCUGUCAUCAUUUCAAGAUAGACUCAACGAUCGAUGGAUAAGUGGUGCCUUGCUCAAGGAAGUUUUAAAUGGCUCUGGAUACAAAACUAGUUAUGUGGCGCGGGGAUGUGACAGAAUGUCGAUCAGUGAUCGCCAAACACCAGAAAACAAACACUGCCGCCAUAGGCAAUUAACACGGGAAGAAUGCAAAAGAUCGAAAACAUUCUACGACAUCAACGACGCACCCAAACCAUGCAAAACAGAAAAGAAGGUCUCUUGUACUGCUCAUCAGAAAUGGAGAGAAAGUCAUCAAAGCCGAAUACAAGUGUCCUGUGAUAUGUCUGGGUGUGGACUUAAUAGGAUGUUUGUGGCAAGUUUCGAUAGUGAGUAUGGCGUGAUAGAAGAUCAACAACACUGGCAAGUGUUCCAAAGCAAAAAUGAGCUUGAAAAACACCUUCCAGACAUUGUUAUUGCGAAUUCUCGGAAAGGGAAUGACUUUUGUUUUUUAGGAUGCCUGGAGGAAGAAAAAAGAAUGUAUGCUUUAAAGUCUAUUUUUCUAUUUCCACCAGUGAUUUCCUUGCUCAGGUACCAUUCAGACGAGAGUCUUUUUAAUAUCAAUGUCGUCGUGCUGGAUUCAGUUUCGCGCGCACAUUUUUAUCGUAUGUUGCCACAAACAGUUGAUGCUUUUAGAAGUAUAGUAUCUAGUGACACUUUCAGCCCAAGAGCUUUAGACUUUGAAUUUCUACAAGCGAUUGCUCCAUAUACAUUCUCCAAUCUGAAGACAUUCUUUACAGGUAAAGCAAGUUUUGAAAAGGAAAAGGGUCGUGAGUCUUCUCAAGAUUACGGAGUUGUAUAUUUUAACCGUGCUUUGAAGCAGAAAGGUUUUCAAGUUUUGUUUCAAGAGGACUCCUGCUGGCACGACCCGUGGGGAUUGAUUCUUACGAAUGGUUUACUCCAGCCGCAAGCUAAAGACAAACACGAGCUAAGAAGCCGAUGGAAACGAUUUGGAAAACACUUCCAAAAUCUCGCAAUUGACAGCACGGGGCCAACUCACGCCUCAUGUUUGGUGUUUCAACAAUUCAACUCAACCAACCAGUUUAACAAACCGAAAGAACUCUGCUUUGGAGGGAAACCCUUGGUGAGUUACUUCUUAGAGGCUAUUGAGUCGCUUAUGGCGGCUGAGAGAUCACGGCUAAGGUUUUCAUUCACCAUGUUGGCUGUGGGACAUGAAGUGACAGGGCUGCGAGUCAAACAAAUAGACGGGCGUCUCGCGCAACACGUUCAUCUAAUGGCUGCAAGUCACAACACUCUCACAAUGAUCUUCUCAGACCACGGACCCAAGACGACGCCCUACUCGCAUAAAACCAAGGCAGGGUUGUACGAGGUAUACAAUUCAUUUCUUUUCAUGAUUUUGCCGGAUAAAGUGUCCAGAAAACUAGGAAAAGAAAGAACAAGGGCGCUAGUUAUCAACCAAAAAAGGCUGAUUUCAUUACAAGACGUACACGAGGGACUGGCUUCUCUUAUAUUCAGAGACACAAAUGAAACUCAAACGGAUUCUUCGUGGCAAGGGAAAAGCGGGAUUUUCGAGGUGAUAUCCGAAUCUCGGACGUGUUCAGAUGUCCCGAUGCAAGUUCAAGGCUUAUGUGUGUGCAACGGGCAGGAAACGUGGUUUCCAGAUAACCACAGGGACUUUGCGUGGAUUGCAGAGUUUGCUUUAGGUGAGCUCAAUAAUAGAGUUCAAGCAAGUUAUAGAAAAUCUGGUGGCUUACAGGGUUACGGGAAAUGUCAAAGGUUUAUUGGAGUCAAAUAUGCCAAUAUUCAUCAACGAAAAGACACCGACUGUACGUACAUUGGAAUGAAUAUCAUUGUUUGGCCACUUCAACAAUCCUUUGAAAUGCUUGUAAAAAUUCCGCAACGGUCUUCGCGCAUAAUCAACAAGGCCAGACUCCUUUCGCUCAUUCGUACAACCACAUUCCAGACAUUUUUAGAGUGCAAAGAUGAUUCGGUGCCCGUGAGACUUUGCGCUUGCGAAACAAACCAGGAAAAGGAACGAAAAACAGAAAAGGUAUACCAAUGGCUGGAGGCUAGUACAGGUACAAAUGUGAUGACAAUAAUGCAAGUAGCAGCGCAUUUCUCUGCCCGCCCAGUUUUGAAGUUCAUAGAUAAGUGUGUUGUACUCAACACAAGGUCUCAUAACAACGGGGAGACGCUAUCGUACGAGAUAGGUAGUGUGUGUAGUAGAGGAGAGUUCUAUGUUCGCUUUGACGGGCGCGUAUCACCACAUGUGCUCUCCUCGGCCCCUUUACCUCAAUCAGUGCUUGUGACGCCGUUAUCCGUGCAAUUUGUCUUUACGGUAAGGCAUCUCAGAAAACCUUUCGAUUUUAAAACUGAUGUCACGGUAAAAAUUGUUUAACCUGGUUUCCAUACAAUCAUUGCUCGGAGGCCGUCGUUGCAAAAACACUGAAUCGCACAAUCCCGGUUACGUUUGACCUUUUUUAACCGUUUGAAAUGCAAUCUGGCAGUGUUUAGAAUCUACAAUGCACGAAAAAAAAGGAAUAUCGUAAUUGAAUAAAUAAGUGCCGGCGCUUAAGCUUUUUUACUUAUCACAA